ACACACACACACACACACACAAACACGCACACACAGGUAGAACUCGGAUUAAAUCAGAGGGAGCGGCAUCUCUGCCAACAUUUGCCUCACACAGGUAGAUAGUGGGAGAUGAGUGCAGUUACCUGCCUCAUGUAAACGGGUCAAUUCUGAUAAGAAGCUUGCCUCUGAGAUGCUCCGUGAGAAGGAGACUGCUACUGACAGGUAAAGGUGAGGACGUUUGGUGAUGCAUAAUAGAAGAGUUUACAUGUGAGGGCGAUGAGACUUCCACACCAUAAGUUUGUCUUCAUGACCUGGUGUCAUCUGAAAAAUGCAGUAAAUUAUUGAGCAAAAAAACUUUAACGUGAAGCCCUCCUUGCCUUACUGCAACCAUUCUACCUACCAGCAAAACCCAGUCUACCUGCUCAGCACUUGCCCGGCUGCUUUCCUCUGCAGUGAAAAGCCUCUUGUUCAGCUUCUCCACAGUUUUCUCUCACUUCAGAGGGGCUUAACUUCUAGAUGAUGAGGACAGAAAGCAAAGGCCGUAGUGCUUCCCCUCACAGGAUAACCUACAAAUCUGACUUCCAUGCUAUCAAAUGCUCAUUUGACACUGGGACCAGUCCGCAAGCAGGGACCAAAACGACUUGUCCCCUCCGGCGUUCCGCCACACACCCCAACAAGUGGAUGUCCAGCUUGUCAGAUCGCAUGUCUCAAAGCAGCACAAGCAACAGAGCUAGGCCCCAAAACACCAGGGGACCCAAAAUCAAAGAUAACAUAUUCCUUCAAAUGGACAGUCAACAGUUAAAACCAGACGUUGCUCCAGCUCUGCCUUCUGGCUCCAGUCCUCUUCUUCUUCCCCCAAAUCCUACUGCAAAAGUCCAGACGUCACCUUUUUCUGGAUCCAGACGACCAAUCAUCACUUCUUCAACUGUAAUGAGCGCUGUAACCAGUAUUUCUACACAAGCAGCAUUUCAGCAAGACAAACCCUCCAAAGCAGAGGAGAUGGCAAACAUUGAUAGAGCCGCUCUGGCUCAGAAGUUCUCUGUAACCCGAAAGUUGUUUGAGAACAAAGUGACAGAUGUUGGUGGAGGUGCAGGGCCAGUUUCAAAACCUGUGACUGGCAAGGGAGGUAAGGACAUUGCUGAUGACGAGACGACAGUAAGCGGGAGCACGAAAUGCCCAGAAGAACGUAGGUUAAAAGAAGAUAAAUCCAUUGAUCAAGUAGUCAAUACGUCUCUGGGUUUAUCUGGACCCGAUGACAAGUGUGAUAAAACCACAACAUCUCCAGCAGAGGAAGACGAGGGAGAAAGGCCAACUAUUAAUCUCUGCUUGCCUCCUGAAGACACACUGAGGGCAGAAUUAGUUAAAAUAAAAAAUGAAUCAUCAGAAAGUGAUGAGAAUGAAGAAGACAAAGUGCAGAAGGAGGAUAAACACUUGCUUAAGGGUGAGAUGGAACAGCAUAUGAACAAUGCUGCAUUAGAACGAGUGGAAGCCCUGAUAGAUGAUGUCUUUGAGGAGCCUGAAACAACAGCAGGGCCUCUCAAUAUGCUCAGAACCAAUGCAGACCUCCUAGCAGGUGAACCAGUCACUUCCUCAGAACACCAGGAGUUAUCUGAGGGUAACUGGAGAAGAGUACCAAAGGAUGGUGGGGAGAGCAGAGGAGACAAGUAUCGGCAGGUGAAUGAACAAUGGGAUGGUGAAAAGGAGGAGCAGAACAGACAGUCGACUGCACAAGCUGGAGAGAAUUCAGUAGAAGCAGACGACAGAAGGGAAAGUGCAACUGCUGGAUCAGGAGUAGGCGUUUCAGAGACGGAGAGGCUCAUGAUGCAAGAGAGGUAUGGUGACAUUGUAGUUGAAGCAAACGUGGAGAGUGACGGUGGACAAGAAGAAUCUAGACUGAGUCAAAGGAAGACAGAAAAUGAAGAGAAACAUGUGAGAGAAGAAGCAACAACAUCUGAGGAGCCCAUCACUAAGGAGGGGAAACACGCAGCACGUGGACGAGGUAGCGAUGCACAGAGUGAUAUAGGAGGAGGCGAAGAGGACCAAGCAGGAGCUGCAGAAAUCUGCGGGUUUGAGAAUAAGGCCUUUAUCCAUGACCACUCUCACCCAGAGCUUUCAGUAUCACCAAGUCGGGACCAGGAAAGCUCUUUGCAUAGUGACAACCAUCUUGUAAUGGAAUAUGAAGAAAUCCCUGGUGUAUUUGAACUGGACGCUCAGGAGGAUCAAGAUGAAUCUGAGGUUGCAGGGAGGAAGGUCAGGUUUUCCACAUCUCCAAUCAAGGUGUUCAGCACUUACUCCAACGCUGAGUAUGACAGACACAAUGAGGACAUUGACCCAGUGUCCGCUUCAGCUGAGUUCGAGCUGGAGAAGAGAGUGGAUAAGAUGGAGGUUUUUGCUGUGGAGAUAGAAAAGGGAGAAGAUGGACUGGGCAUCAGUAUCAUAGGAAUGGGUGUAGGGGCUGACCAGGGCCUGGAGAAACUGGGAAUCUUUGUCAAGACGGUCACUGAAGGAGGAGCAACACAGAAGGAUGGGCGGAUUCAGGUGAAUGACCAGAUAGUGGAGGUGGACGGUGUGAGUUUGGUUGGAGUGUCUCAGCUGUUUGCAGCUUCAGUCCUCAAGAACACAUCCGGCCUCGUCAAAUUUUUGAUUGGUCGAGAGAGAGAGGGCGUGGAAAGCGAGGUGGCACGACUGAUCAAUGAAAGCCUGGAAAUGGACAAGACAAAAGACAGAAAGAGAGAAAUGGAAAGCAGUGAUGAGGAGGACAAUGUUGACAGCAUGUCUGAGACGGACUCGGGUGCUGAAGAGGAAGAGGACGUGUCUGAUCUGUCCAGUCUGGACAACUACCAGCUCUGUCUUAAAUACCAGCAGCUUCAGGCCAAACUACGCAGCAGAACAGCCCAACUUCAUCACACCAGGGAAAAGUUAAAAACAUGGGAGGAGCGGAAGAUAUGUUGGGUAAGCAAGAAGGUGGAGUUGGAGCAAAGAGCAGAAGAUGGAGAGGAGAAGGCUGACAAACUAGAGAAAUACUGGCAAGAAGCCCAGACACUGUGCAGAGUUGUCAGCCAGCGACUAGCUGAUGCUCAGAGUCAAACAGAAACCGUGGAGAUGAAAUACAGCAAGGCCAAGAGACUGGUCAGAGAGUACCAGAGCAGAGAGGAGGAGCGAGAGAAACGACUAGCGGAUUUAAGGAAAGAAAUGGAGGACAGAGAGAAGCAACACAGGGAAAUUAUCGAAAGGCUUCAAAAUCAGAUGGGACAACUAGAGGGAGAAGAUCCUGAUCCUGAGCGGAAGAACAACUCGGUGAAGGAUUGGUAUAUUCCAGUUCCUGAUACCGGGCGUCUAGACUCCAGCGCUCAUAAAGCCAGAGCUCAGCUAGCCCAAAAAUCUAAGCGACAUCCACCUUCCCGAGACAAACUUCGAGAGAGUUUCAGAAAGCAGCAAGAAGAGAGUAGAUCACUGCCCGUCUCCACCGCGGCCCACAGCAGCAGAAGUGACCAGUCCAGCACUUCUUCAUUCUCCGCCUUCAGUCCUCAACCUUCCAGCAAUUCCUUCACGACCCCUCCCAACAUCCUCAGCAACUCUGUCAUGUCCUCGCUGUACAAAAACACGGGAUCCACAAAAUCCAAAAGGAAAUUUCCAGACUUCAGUGGCCUUCGAAAGUCUCUGAAUAAAAGGAGAAGUGAAAAACUCAGCAGAAGGUCCGCAAAGAGCAGCAGGGGAUCGUGUGGCGAUCUGGAUGAGCCUACUGAACUGUCUCCAUCAGGCUCGGUCACCUCUAUGCCUUCCUGUCUGCCCUUUCCUUGGUUCGGAGAGAAAGGGAGAGAAAAAGAGGAGGAAGGAGUGAGAGUGAGGGAGAAGUUACGAUCCGUGUCCAGCAGCAGUUUGCCUUACCUAACCACCACAAGCAGAAGAGAGUAUGGUAUUGGCUCUCCAGUGGGCACCUCCAGCAUGGUGGGCCACAUCUCUGAUCACUCUCUUUCUGGACACUCCCACACUUGCACCUUUUCCUCCUCAGAGACUUUGGACAGUUAUUCAAUUCCCAACAACAACAACAAUCAGUGGCAAGGAAGACCGCUCUCGGAGUGGAGCAACCAGCAGGUGUGUCUGUGGUUAUUCGCAAUGAAUAUGGAUCAGUACACAUCGGAGUUUGCUGCGAGAGGAGUGGACGGCCCGCAGCUGCUGAACAUGGACAGCCAGAAACUCAAGGCUCUUGGUGUGUCAAAUCAAAGUGACCGGUGUGUCCUCAAGAAGAAGCUGAAAGACAUGAGGAAGACGGAGGAGAAAGAACAGAGGAGAGAGGACAAGAAGCAGAAGGAGGGUGAAUACAAGGAGAUGGCAAACAUGAUGGAGGAGAAGUCUUUAAAAGACAUAACCUACGGCUCCAAAACCGUACGAACCGAGUCGCUCUUGUAAAAUUAAACAGAGGUGACGUCUGAGAUGCACCACCAGCGCGAGUGUGUUUGCAGUUUCGCAGACAGUCUUAACUCCAACCUGUUUCUGUUGAGCAAAUAGAAAUGGCUAGAUCCACUCCACACCGUUUUUCGCAUCUUAGUAGUCAUUUACGAUAGCAGAGCUCUGGUUGGGACCUUCAAACCCAAGCAGAGUUUGAUUCCAGCACCAGUUUAAACUGACAGCCGUCGUGUGUUUCAGUGGCCAGUGUGAGAGUUGCCUGUUUCACAGCGAUGUUUUUAAUCAUGAAACGUAUUUAUCUUUUGAAUGAUUUUAUCAUUUGUGUGCUGAUUCCCGCACUCAGGUAUUUGCUGUAAAUGCUUUUUUAUGUGUUAAUAAAUAAUGCUUGAAAUUUCAUGUUGGCGAAAGUCUCAUUCAG